CCGCUUCUGUACAACCUCAAGAAGAAGAUUCAACGGCGAGGAAGAGAGGAAGAGAGGAAGAGGCGCACGACGACCACGAUCAUUGUUCGUGGAAGUCACUUUAAAGAGACAUGGGGGACAGUGAUGAUGAGUAUGAUCGCAGAAGAAGAGACAAAUUCAGGCGGGAGAGGAGUGACUAUGACCGAUCAAGGGAGAGGGAGGACAGACGCAGAGAUGACUGGAACGACAGGGAGUGGGACAGAGGCAGGGAACGACGUAGCCGUGGAGAGUACCGGGAUUAUGACAGAGGUCGCAGGGAGAGAUUUACCCCACCCAGACACGACAUGAGCCCCCAGCAGAAACGCAUGAGAAGAGACUGGGAUGACCAUGGUGGAGACCCUUACCGUGGUGUGGGAUACGACUUGGGUUAUGGUGGUGGAGGAGGGGGUCCCAGCUAUGGACCACCACAGCACUGGGGCCAUCCUGACCUGCACCUCAUGCAGCCUCAUCAUGGCAUCCCCAUUCAAGCAAGGCUUGGUAACAUCCACGACAUGGACUUGGGUCCUCCUCCUCCAAUAAUGAAGAGCUUUAAGGAGUUUCUGCUGUCCUUGGACGAUUCUGUGGAUGAAACCGAAGCAGUCAAACGCUACAAUGAGUACAAGAUUGACUUCCGCCGACAGCAGAUGCAGGACUUCUUCUUGGCUCAUAAAGAUGAAGAGUGGUUUAGGUCCAGGUACCACCCAGAUGAGGCCAGUCGACUUAAGGCAGAGGCCCAGAGUGCCCUGCUCAACCGCCUGAACGUCUUUAUGUUCCUGAUGGAGAAUAGCUGGUUUGAUAACUUCUCCUUGGACAUUGAACAGACUCCAGCCAUCAUCAAGGUUCUGGACGCAGCUGUGAUAAAAAUGGAAGGUGGGACGGAUCAUGAUCUUCGUAUCCUGGACAUGCCAUCUGAAGAAGAAGAAGAGAGGGAAAAGUCGGCAUCUGUUCCAGGUGGUGCUGAGCCUCCCAAGAGAGAGGACCUCAAAUCACUGGGCAGUGACCGCAAACCCUCAGUAGAACAAGAAAAAAAUGAAAAGGAGGAGAGCGACUCUGCCAACGCUGAAAGGGCUGCCACAGCAGAAGGGGAUGAUGUGAAAGAGGAGACUGAGAAAGAAGCUGCCAAAGUAGACAUGCCUGAACCUAAGAAGCCAAGAAGAAAGAGGAAGCGCAGCGGAGACAGCGAUGACGAAGCCAGUGCCUCAGAGAGCGACUCCGACUCUGACUCAGACUCCAACUCUAACUGUUCUGACAAACCUGUGAAGAAGGAGGAGGUGGAAGACAAGGAUGAGGAGGAAGAGGAAGGCGAAGAGGAGAAACCAAAGGAGAACUCUGAGGAGGACAAGAAAGAAGAGAAGAAGCCAAAAGAUGACGCUCCCAGACCACGGCCUCUCCACAAGACUUGCUCUUUGUUUAUGAGGAACAUUGCCCCCACCAUUUCUAGGGCUGAGAUUAUUGCUCUGUGUCGACGAUACCCGGGGUUUCUGCGUGUUUGCCUGUCUGACCCACAUCCUGAGCGCAGGUUUUUCAGACGUUGCUGGGUGACGUUUGACCGUAGCGUGAACAUCAAAGAGGUCUGCUGGAACCUUCAGAACAUCCGACUGCGAGACUGUGAACUGGCACCAGGGGUGAACAGGGACCUGGCUCGGAGGGUGCGUCAUGUUAAUGGCAUCACUCAACACAAGCAGGUGCUCCGCAACGACAUCAAGCUGGCUGCCAAGCUCAUACAUGCCUUGGAUGAAAAGGGGGCCCUGUGGAGCAUUAAGUCUCAGGAAGAAGGGCAGAGCACUGAGUUGCAGGCUCAGAACCCCAUCUUGAAAAAUAUUACCGACUACCUGAUAGAGGAGGUGAGCGCUGAGGAGGAGGAGCUUCUUGGUUCAGGGAGUGGCAUGGAUACUGAGGAGAGCGCCAAGGAAGGCAACCCUGCUGAGACCACUGUGGAGAGGGAUGACAAGCUAGCCAAGGUUUUGGACCGUUUGAUCUUGUAUCUGCGUAUUGUGCAUUCCAUUGACUACUACAACACAUGUGAAUACCCCAGUGAGGAUGAAAUGCCCAAUCGCUGUGGCAUGAUCCAUGUACGUGGACCCAUUCCUCCAAACCGCAUCACACAUGGAGAAGUGCAACAAUGGCAGAAGAUGAUGGAGGAGAAGUUGAUUCCCUUGUUUAGUUUGAAAGAAGUCCUGUCUGAGGAAGAGGCGUCAAAAAUGGGCCGCAAGGAUCCAGAAGAAGAGGUGGAAAAGUUUGUGUCUGCUAACACGCAAGAGCUGGGAAAGGACAAAUGGCUCUGUCCUCUAAGUGGCAAGAAAUUCAAGGGCCCAGAGUUUGUGCGGAAACACAUCCUGAACAAGCACGGGGACAAGAUCGAGGAAGUGAAAAAGGAGGUGACAUUCUUUAACAAUUUUCUGAUGGAUGCUAAGAGACCGUCACUGCCAGAGAUGAAACUCCCUCCUCUUCCAGGCCCAGGCCAAGGUUUGCUUUCUCCCACUAUGCCAUUCCCUCCUCAGGGCCCACAGGGUCCGAUGGGUUUUGCACAACCUCGUCCACCACUCAUGGGCUACGGUGCAGGUGGACCUCCUUACCCCCCCAACCAGUAUGGAGGAGGCAGAGGCAACUAUGACAACUUCCGUGGACAGGGAGGCUACCUAGGAAAGCCACGCAACAUCAGGUGAGACCACUAAUGUCACGAGGUGAUCCACGCAACAUCAUUGAGUACCGUGACCUGGAUGCACCAGAUGACAUGGACUUCUUUUAGAAGGAUCACUUAGCCCUUUCAGUCGUCACUCUUCGUCAGUGUUGUUUUGCCCGCUUUUCGUAGUAAUGUAGGUUAUUUCUUUCUUAAAUAUCUGAUUUUGUAAUUAUUGUGCAAGUAGAACAAACUUCUGUAUUGCUGUUAACUGCUUCCUCAAUAAAGUUGUGAUUAAACUACA